UCGACAAAUUUUCCGGUCUAAAACUGUGAUGUAAACUUUAAAAAAGUGCAAAUAUUAACUUAAACUACAUGUCUUUGCAGGUGUUAAAUAAAUUUUUUAAAUUUACCCCCAAAUUCCAUCAUUUGAAGCCGCUAAUUGCAGUGCAAUAUCAAGAUUUUGCCAGCGUAGCAGCAGUAACAAAAGAAAAAUCAGCACGAAAUUUGCAAAAAGGUGGUGAAAUCAUCCAGACAGCAUUACCUUUUGUUAAGGGAAGUAUACGCUACAAGAGUGCCCAAGCAUCUGUACAGUGGGGCAGCAAAAAGUCCAAGCGAAACGUCAGACUACAAUUGAAAGAUAUGACUACUCCCGAAAUGGAAGAGCAAUUGGCUCCCUUGAGAGCUUUGGUUUUGGAGCAAGGUAAUUUAGUGCGUGAACUCAAGGCCAAUGGAGCAGCAGAAAUUGAUGUGAAAAAAGCUGUAGCCGAAUUGAAAUUGCGCAAAAAGGUUUUGGAAGAUAAAGAAUUGGAAUUGACACCCAAUGUGGUUAAUUUUGAUAGAUCUAAAAUGGAAGAUUUACUCAAGCGUAGAUUCUUCUAUGACCAAAGUUUUGCCAUUUAUGGUGGCAUUACUGGACAAUAUGAUUUUGGUCCUAUGGGCUGUGCCUUGAAAUCCAAUAUUUUGUCUUUGUGGAGACAAUUUUUCAGUUUGGAAGAACAAAUGUUGGAGGUGGAUUGUUCGAUUUUAACACCCGAGCCUGUGUUAAAAGCUUCCGGCCAUGUCGAUCGUUUUGCUGAUUUGAUGGUAAAGGACGUCAAAACCGGUGAAUGUUUCCGUCUGGAUCAUUUGAUUAAAAAUGCCCUGGAAAAGUUGUCCAAGGAGAAAACUGCCUCAAACGAACUGAAAGCUGAAUGUGAGGAUAUUGUUAUAAAACUUGACGGCAUGAACAAACAAGAAAUGGCUGAUAUUUUGCAAAAAUUCAGUAUUAAGUCUCCUCUGACUGGCAAUGAUUUGACUGAACCCAUCGAAUUUAAUCUUAUGUUUGCCACCCAAAUUGGACCCACUGGCUUGGUUAAGGGUUUCUUGCGUCCCGAAACUGCCCAGGGUAUUUUUGUUAAUUUCAAACGUUUGUUGGAAUUUAAUCAGGGAAAACUGCCCUUUGCUGUGGCCCAAAUCGGCAAUGCAUUCCGUAAUGAAAUUUCUCCACGUUCUGGCUUAAUACGUGUCAGAGAAUUUACCAUGGCUGAAAUAGAGCAUUUCUGUGAUCCCGCCCACAAGGAUCAUCCUAAAUUUGAAUUGGUUACUGAUACUAUGAUGACUUUGUACUCGGCCUGCAAUCAAAUGGAUGGUAAAUCGGCCCAAAAGUUGACCAUUGGAGAGGCUGUUAAAGCUGGCUUGGUGGCCAAUGAAACCUUGGGUUACUACAUGGCCAGAAUUCAUCAGUUUUUGGUAACCAUUGGCAUUAAACCCGAAUGUCUGCGUUUCCGCCAGCAUAUGGGCAAUGAAAUGGCUCAUUAUGCCUGUGACUGUUGGGAUGCUGAAUGUUUGACCAGUUACGGUUGGGUGGAGUGUGUAGGCUGUGCCGAUCGUUCGGCCUAUGAUUUGAGCCAGCACAUGCAGGCUACUGGUGUGCGCUUGGUGGCCGAAAAACGUUUGCCCGCUCCCAAAACUGUAGAAGUUUCGGAAAUUGUAACCAACAAACAAACUUUGGGUAAAACAUUUAAAAAAGAUGCUAAAGCUAUUACCGAUGCCUUGGCCAAACUUUCUUUGGACGAAGUUAAAACUGUAGAACAACAAUUGAACGAAACUAAGGAAUAUACUCUCAAUGUCAACGAGGGUUCUACCUUCAAACUAACUCCCGAUACCAUUUCGGUUAAACACUCUUCGAAAACUGUGCACGUCGAGGAAAUCAUACCCAGUGUGGUUGAACCCUCAUUUGGUAUUGGCCGCAUUAUGUAUGCUUUGUUGGAACAAAACUUCCUUUGCCGUGAUGGUGAUGAACAACGUUGCUACUUUACUUUGCCCUCAGUAGUGGCUCCCUUGAAAUGCUCCAUUUUGCCUUUGUCCAACAAUGCCGAAUUCCAGCCAUUUACACGUAAACUUUCUCAGGCUUUAACCAAAGCUGAACUUUCACACAAGGUUGAUGACUCUAGUGGUUCUAUUGGCCGUCGUUAUGCUCGUACCGAUGAGAUUGCAAUACCCUUUGGCAUCACUGUUGAUUUUGAUACUUUACAAGAGCCUCAUACUGUCACUUUAAGAGACCGCAACAGCAUGAAACAAGUACGCGUAGAUAGCGCUGAGGUAAUUGAUGUAGUCAAGGACUUGUCCACCGGCAAGUUGCAAUGGGCCCAAGUUUUGGAGAAAUAUCCUUUGUUCGAGCAGCAAGAGGCUACCAAGUAAAUGUCUUAAGGAAAGUUUUUCAGCUAGAUAUUUUUCUUUUUAUUUCUAUUUAUUUUUGGUUUUAUAUUGCUAUUUUAAUUUGUUUAUCAAUUAUGCCUUUUUUUAUAUACUUCUAUGAUAAUUUUUCAAAACUUAGUUUAUAUGCAUUUAAUUCUCACAAAAAUGAAAGUGUUUAACACAUAAAUAAAGUGCUUAAUGAGAAAAUUA